AUGAAUUCAAUGGAAACUGAAAAUGAUACCUCAGUGACAGAGUUCAUUAUUUUGGGAUUGACUGAUAACCUGACUGUACGUGCCAUUCUCUUUGUGAUUUUUCUAGCAGUUUAUUUAGUGACUAUAGUGGGAAAUAUCAGCAUAAUUCUAUUAAUCCGAAUCAGCCCUCAGCUUCACACACCAAUGUACCUUUUUCUCAGCCAUUUGGCCUUUGUGGACAUUGGGUACUCCACAUCGGUCACACCAAUCAUGCUCAUCAGUUUCUUAAAAGAGAAAACUACUAUCCCUCUCACCGGCUGCAUAGCCCAGCUUGCCUCUGAUGUUGCCUUUGGGACUACAGAGUGCUUCCUGCUGGCUACCAUGGCCUAUGAUCGUUAUGUGGCCAUCUGCUCUCCCCUGCUCUACUCCACCCAGAUGUCUCCAGUGGUCUGCUUCCUUCUUCUGGGGGGAUCCUACCUGGGGGGAUGCAUGAAUGCAUCCUCAUUUACAGGCUGUUUGAUGAACUUGUCCUUCUGUGGCCCAAAUAAAAUCAAUCAUUUUUUCUGUGACCUCUUCCCACUGCUGAAACUUUCUUGUGGCCAUAUUUAUAUUGCUGAAAUAUCUCCUGCCAUCUCUUCUGCAUCGGUCCUCACGAGCACACUGUUUACCAUCAUUGUGUCCUACAUUUACAUUCUCCACUCGAUCGUGAAGAUGCGCUCCACUGAGGGAAGGCACAAGGCCUUCUCUACCUGCACCUCACACCUCACUGCAGUCACUUUGUUUUAUGGCACAGUUUUAUUUGUGUAUGUGAUGCCCAAGUCCAGCUACUCAGUUGACCAGGUCAAAGUGGCCUCUCUGAUCUAUACAGUAGUGAUCCCCAUGUUGAACCCCCUCAUCUACAGUCUGAGGAACAAAGAGGUGAAAGAGGCCAUGAGAAAACUGAUGGCAAGAACACAUUGGUACUCUUAA